GAAUGUGCGGCGACAAUUUUUCUUGUAUUUCCUAUUUCCUACUGUUUCCUCUCUUUUUAUACAAAUUUUGUUUCGUUUCCGUAUUCCGCGAAUAAUUUUCAGAAAUCGUUACUGAAAUCUGCUUGUUUUAUUAGGUCGCUAACUGACAGAAGAAGUUGGCACGCGAUGAUUUUUUUGGAUGUUGUAGGAUUUUUGGUCGCUGCUGUUAAUGUAGUACGACCUACCGGGCGGCAGCAACUGUCAAGCCCCGUUUGCACGUCGGAUCUCUGUCAUCAAGUUGCCCAUGAAGCCGUAUCCGUCAUGGAUAAAACAAUUGAGCCAUGCGUGGACUUCUACGCUUACGCAUGCAAUCGUUGGAAUAGCAGCCACGUUCUGGCGCGCGACGUGCUCGCUAUCAAGAUCUCUAAACAACUACAAGGACUGUUCGACAGUGGAAAUUACACCAACCCCACGGAAAAAAAGCAGUCGACAUAUACAACCAGUGCCUCAAGCAGAACUAUGAACGGCCAUUCGACGACAGCUCCCUUGUACGCGUUGUUGACAACUUGUUAGGUGGAUGGUCGCUAUUGCAAGACCACCAGAAUGUGUCCGCUUUUCGUCUCGAUGACGCUCUCGUCCGCCUGCAACUGAACGACAUUCGGACUUUCAGCGGUCUCCAUGUAGAAAGAAAUAAAUUUUCCAGCAACGAAAAUAUUCUGUACUUUACGACGCCUGGUCGCCUCUUUAUGCGCUGGGAACUAGAGGCACUGGUCAACACUCCUUACAAGUUACCUGUUCGCACUUCAACAAAGCUUCUGAUUAACAAAUGGGGGCCGGUCGUACUGCGAUUACUAAAAGCGGCGAAUGCAAGUGUCCAGUGGUCUACUGUUGAAAAGCGAUUGAAAAAGGCUAUCAUGGUGGAUGUUAUGCUGGCGACGGGUCCAACACAACCAACACCAUGCUUAAAGCUUCUUCGGUUAAAUUUCAAGCUACGGCCGCUACGGAGUUUGCCGUCCCGCUAAAGCUUGAGUAUCUCCUUAAUCUGGAUCAGACGAUGGCGCGGCUGGAAAGCAAC